GAAAAAGCAGCGGUGCGAAGGACGAAAAUGAAGCUGAGAGCUUCAAUCGAUAGUUUUCUGCAUCAUGUUUGACACCGUCUGCACGUUCCCCCUCUCCGCCGACCUGUUCACACAGGCGAUUCACCCCAAUGAGCCGAUUGUCUCUGUUGGACUCUCGACUGGCCACGUCCAGACCUUUCGGCUUCCCUCCGAGGGAGCUAGCAGUGACGAUGACGAAGUCUCUACUUCCUCGUCGCGCAAUGGCACAGGUCUGAUUGAUACCAUGUGGAGGACAAAGCGGCAUAAGGGUAGCUGCCGGUGCUUGGGGUUUGGGAUGGACGGGCAGAUGCUGUAUUCAGCUGGCACGGAUGGAUUGGUCAAGGCGGCCAGGGCAGAGACGGGCGUUGUUGAAAAUAAAAUUGCCAUUCCACCAGCCAAGGAUGGCUCCAUCGAUGCACCUACUGUUGUUCAUGCUCUCUCUCCUCAGACUCUUCUCCUAGCUACCGAUUCAAGUGCAUUGCACCUCUAUGAUCUUCGCAUCCCGUUCUCAAGUGUUUCGGCCCGACCACAACAGACGUACCACCCUCACGAUGAUUAUAUUUCCUCUCUGACACCUUUGCCGCCUUCUGACAGUAGCACGUCGGGGUUCAGCAAGCAAUGGGUUACAACAGGUGGAACCACGUUGGCCGUGACAGAUUUACGAAGAGGAGUUCUCGUACAGAGUGAAGACCAAGAGGAGGAAUUGCUCAGUUCCGUCUACAUCGGUGGCCUGCCAUCUAGCGGUACAAGCCGGGGCGAGAAGGUGGUCAUUGGUGGAGCUUCUGGCGUUCUGACACUAUGGGAAAAAGGUGCAUGGGAUGACCAAGAUGAGCGAGUUUAUGUUCACCGCGAAUCCGGUGGCGGGGAGUCCCUAGAGACUCUCACAGUCGUUCCGGACGAGCUGGGUAUGGGGAAGAUGGUUGCUGUGGGCCUCGGGAAUGGUGGAGUGAAAUUUGUCAAGAUCGGCCCGAACAAGGUCGUUUCAAGUGUCAGUCAUGAUGAGACGGAGGGCGUUGUGGGCUUGGGAUUCGACGUCGAGGGACGCAUGGUUAGUGGUGGAGGCCAGGUCGUUAAGGUCUGGCGUGAGGCCGAGAGGGAUGGUGAGGAGUCUGCUGCCAAUGGGAAGCGCGAUCUUGGCAGCGAUAGCGACGAUGAUAGCGAUGACAACGAUUCCGAUGACAGUGACCGUGAAGACAAGCAAAAUGCGCAGAAGCGAAAGAAGCGGAAGAGGGCUAAGGGCAAAGAUCGGAGUGGGGGGCAGCAUGUCAUGGCUUUUCAUGAUUUAGAUUGAUGGAACAGGAAGAAGCAAAGCGUGCUAUUCGAUUAUCGUCAUCUGUAUCUAAAAAGUCAUGCCAUGGUUUGGAGUUGCAGGAAACCGGCAUUGUCAGGACGCUGAUCGGCAGGACUAAGAACCAAAAGUCCAGGUCUCCUCCACUUGAGGGACUCUUUGUCCAGUUACGGAAGACUCUAAACAUCCAAAAUAUCUAACAGGAUAUUUCUCUUGUACUUUUAGUGUUGAUGCCUUGUCUUGUUUCUCAUCAUUGCCUCAAUAACUGGAUCGACGAUC